AUGACGGACUCCACGUCGCCAGACUCCACCGCCGUCCCGGAGCCGGCUGUAGUUGUGGACCCCGCGGUGGUGAACGGCCAGUGCGAGCAGGCGGACCCCCAGCAGGAGCAGCAGGAGCCCAGCGCAGAAAGUCAGCCGGAGGGGCUCAAGAUGGACCAGGAGAUGAAGAUAACAGACAGCAUAGAGGACCGAGGUCUUCUGGAGAGCAGCAUGCGCCUGAAGCCUCACGAAGCACAGAGCUACCGCAAGAAAGCUCUGUGGGUGUCCUGGGUGUCCAUUAUGGUCACCAUCGUCCUGGCCAUCGCCGCUUUCACUGUUUCCAUUAUGCGCCACAGUGCUUCAGCUUUUGGAUUUGCUUUUGAUGCCACGCUGGAUGUGUUGUCCUCGGUCAUCGUGUUGUGGCGGUACAGCAACGCCGCCGCUGUCCACUCGGCACACCGCGAAUACAUAGCCUGUGUUAUCCUGGGUGUGAUUUUCAUCCUGUCCUCCCUGUGCAUUCUGGGUAAAGCCAUCCACGACUUGGCCACCAAGCUGCUGCCUGAAGUGGAUGACUUCUUGUUCAGCGUGUCCAUCGUCAGCGGCUUGGUGUGCAUCAUCUUGGCUGUGAUCAAGUUCAUGCUCGGCAAAGUGCUCACAAGCAGAGCUCUUAUUACUGAUGGAUUUAACUCACUGGUGGGAGGGAUCAUGGGGUUUUCCAUCCUCAUCAGUGCUGAAGUGUUCAAGCAUGAGCCCAAGGUGUGGUACCUGGACGGAACAAUAGGUGUCCUCAUAGGGCUGAUCAUCCUCGCCUACGGAGUCAAGCUGCUGCUGGACAUGGUCCCCCGGGUCCGACAAACCAGGAACUACGAGCGCUUUGAGUGA